UGUCACUUUGACAGAUUUCAAUUUACUCGCCAAAUCGGCCAAAUAUUGCCAAAUUAAAAAUAUAGGAAAUAAAAUAUAAAUUUUCCUCGUAAUUCUUUAUUUUACCGAAAAAAUGAAGACCCGUUAUAACACCUUCGAUAUAGUGUGUGUGGUUACAGAACUACAAAAGCUUGUAGGGAUGAGGGUGAACAACAUUUACGACAUAGACAACAAAACUUACCUAAUAAGACUUCAGAGAACUGAAGAGAAGCAAGUGUUGCUCCUGGAGUCAGGAAACAGGAUACACUCGACUAACUAUGAGUGGCCAAAGAAUGUUGCACCAUCAGGGUUCAGCAUGAAACUGAGGAAACACUUAAAAAACAAGCGCCUCGAAAGCCUUAACCAAUUGGGCAUAGAUCGUAUAAUCGAUAUGCAAUUUGGCACUGGAGAAGCUGCUUAUCAUGUCAUUUUAGAAUUGUAUGAUAGGGGCAAUAUAGUGCUUACUGACCAUGAAAUGACUAUUUUAUAUGUGCUUCGUCCCCAUACAGAAGGGGAUAAAAUAAGGUUUGCUGUAAGGGAAAAAUAUCCCCAAAACAGAGCCAAAGAGGAAGCGGAUGUUAGUAAGGAGAAACUUUUGGAGAUUUUAGCGAAGGCCAAGGUGGGGGACCAGUUAAAGAAAAUUUUGAAUACAAAUUUAGAGAAUGGUCCAGCAUUGUUGGAUCAUGUCUUGGCCAAACAAACCAUACCAAGCUCAGCAAAAAUUGGUAAAACCUUUGAUAUUGAAAGGGAUGUCGAUAAACUUGUGAUGGCCCUUAGGGAGGCAGAUAUGAUAUUCAAAAGUGCCAAAAAAGAGCCUCCGAAGGGAUACAUUAUUCAAAAAAAAGAAGAGCGGCUUGCGAUUGAGGGCGAAGUUGAAUAUUUUUACUCCAAUCAGGAGUUUCACCCUAUGCUCUUCCAGCAGCACUUGUCGAUGCCUUACAAGGAGUUUGACAGUUUUUGUAUGGCAGUGGACGAGUUCUUUUCCAGUUUGGAGAGUCAGAAGUUAGAGUUGAAAGCUGUGCAGCAAGAGAGAGACGCCAUGAAAAAGCUGGAGAAUGUUAGGAAAGAUCACAAUCAAAGACUGAUAGGUUUGGAAAAGCUACAAGAAGAGGAUAAACAAAAAGGCGAAUUGAUUACUAGGAAUUGCGAGCUGGUUGAUAGGGCUAUUUUGUCUGUACAGAUGCUUUUAGGCCAACAGAUGUCUUGGGACAACAUAAAAGAACUAAUCGAUGAGGCGCGUACAAGAGGUGACCCAAUAGCCGAAAUAAUAACGAAAUUAAAGCUGGAAAUCAACCAUAUCAGUUUACAAUUGCACGAUCCUUACGCGGAAUCCGAAUCUAGCGAAUCGGAUCAAGAGAAUUACGGCGAUAAAAUUCCUUCCAUGGUGGUGGACGUGGACUUGGAUCUGACCGCUUUCGCUAACGCUAGAAGAUAUUACGAUCAGAAACGUACGGCGGCAAAGAAACAACAAAAAACCAUCGAAUCGCAGUCGAAAGCCUUGAAAUCAGCCGAGAGAAAAACGAAGCAAACGUUAAAAGACGUACAGACCAUCACCAAUAUUAAUAAGGUCAGGAAAGUUUACUGGUUCGAGAAGUUUUACUGGUUCAUUAGUUCGGAGAAUUAUUUGGUUAUCGCCGGCAGGGAUCAGCAACAAAACGAGAUGAUCGUCAAAAGGUACAUGAAACCGAUCGACGUGUACGUGCACGCGGACAUACACGGGGCCAGCAGCGUAAUCAUAAAAAAUCCGACGGGGCUCCCUGUACCACCGAAAACCUUAAACGAGGCCGGCACCAUGGCCAUUUGCUACAGCGUCGCCUGGGAUGCCAAAGUGGUCACGAACGCUUAUUGGGUGUGGGGCGAGCAGGUGAGCAAAACGGCACCCACAGGAGAGUAUUUAUCGACCGGUAGUUUCAUGAUCAGGGGGAAAAAGAACUUUUUACCUCCCUCGCACUUGAUUUUGGGACUCAGUUUCCUUUUUAGGCUCGAAGAUGGCUGCAUAGAGAAACAUUUAGGAGAAAGAAAGGUCCUAACCCAAGGUGAGGAAGAAGUGAGACAAGAAAGUGAAUCUGGCAAGGAUGACGAUGUAGAGGUGCCAAUUUUGGACGAAAGUGACGAAGACGAUUUAAACAGAAACGAACCUCAAACGACUACCGAAGAAAAACCGGAGGAUACUAAGGAAGAUUCGACGGAUAGCGAGGAUGACUCGAAGUUCCCGGACACCCAGAUUAAAAUUCAACAUUUCGGAGGCACCAGGCAAAUUUUAACAGAACCGGCUAUAAAAGAGGAGCAAACUCGCGAGGAUGAAAACGUGAUUUAUUUGGGGGACGAUAAGCCGAUAGUGCUAAAACCCAACGAGAAUAAGGGCAGGAGUAGAGGCGCCAGCGAAUCCAGCUAUAAGAGUGUGAAAAUCGUUCGGAAGGACGAGAGGGAACAGAAACAACCGCAGGCCAAGCGGGGCCAAAAGAACAAACUGAAGAAGAUUAAGGAGAAGUAUAAGGAUCAGGACGAGGAAGAGAGGAAGAUUAAGAUUGACCUGUUAAAGUCCUCAGGUCAGCAAAAGGAAACGAAAAAACCGAAAAAAGGCUCAAAAGACACAAAAACCAUCAAACGGGAGCCCAGAGUACCGAAACCGCAACCGCAAAAAGAACCGAACGAUCUCGACGAUGACGAACCGACGACCGUACAGGCAGACGUUGACGUCAUCAACGGUUUAACGGGAGUCCCGCUAGAGGGCGACGAGUUACUUUUCGCCGUGCCCGUCAUUGCGCCCUACAACACCUUGAGCAGUUAUAAGUUCAAAGUGAAACUGACCCCCGGCACAAAUAAAAAGGGAAAAGCGGCGAAAACGGCCGUCGCGAUGUUCCUUAAAGACCGCACGAUCACCCAAAGGGAGAAAGAUCUCCUUAAAGCGGUCAAAGACGAUCAGUUGGCCAGGAAUUUCCCCGGAAAAGUGAAACUUUCCGCACCCAAAAUGCAAAACCUUAGGAAGUAAACGUCUGUAGGUCAUAAGUCUCCAAAAAAUGCCUUGAUAUAUUUUAAAAAGUUAAUAAAUAUAUUAUGUUAUUU